AUGCAGUUACGACUUACGAGUCUUCGAGUGACCAUCGAUUGCAAACUUGAAUCCGGCGAAAUUAAAAGGGUCGGGGGAGGAGUCGAGCUAGACGAACAAGGAAAAUUCAAAGUCUCACUCCCAAAAGACACCGUCGUCCAAAACGGCCAAAAGCUCAGAGACGACUGUUACGCGCAGCUCCAUGGCUCGGCCGCCAUCCCUUGCCCGACCCACGACAGUCUAGAAGCCGCCAAAAUUGCUUUCGAGUCCAAAACCGAUAAAGGAUCGACCUUCGUCCCGGCUAAGAACCUCCGGUUCUCGUCGGCAUUGUGCACUUCCAAAUUCUUGUGGCCACACCACCACAAAUACCCUCCUCUCUCAAAGUCACAUUUCAUUUGGAAGAAGAAAUUCCCCAAAAUUAAAUUCCCACCUCUCAAGAAUUUUGUCCCUCCUUUCCCACCCCUCUACAAGCCCAAGCCGAAGCCGCCGGUUCCUAUUUACAAGCCGAAGCCGCCGGUUGUCAAGCCAAAGCCACCGAUUGUCCCUAUUUACAAGCCGAAGCCACCAGUUUACAAGCCCAAGCCACUUCCUCCACCUAUUUACAAGCCGAAGCCACCGGUUUACAAGCCCAAGCCACUUCCUCCACCUAUUUACAAGCCGAAGCCACCGGUUUACAAGCCCAAGCCACUUCCUCCACCGGCUCCGGUUUACAAGCCGAAGCCCAAGCCACUUCCUACACCUGCUCCGGUUUACAAGCCAAAGCCCAAGCCGAAGCCCAAGCCACUUCCUACACCGGCUCCGGUUUACAAGCCAAAGCCCAAGCCAUUUAAUAAGCCACCGGUCGUCGUGAUCAAGCCAUUGCCACCGCCGAUUCCUCUAUUUCCACACCCGCCGUUUUACAAGAAGCCUUGCCCUCCAUUAAUCCCUAAAGUUCCUAAAAAUUACUUUCACCACCCCAAAUUCGGAUAUUAUUUCCCGCCACUCCCACCUUCCAUUCCUCAACCAUGA